UUAGCUGUGGUGACCUUGGUCGGCUGAUCAUCAUGGCGGCGCUCUGCAGGCUAACUUCUGUUUGUCGAAAAGGAGUUCCACCUCUCUUCUACCGCAGUACCUUGCUGGCAAGGCCUUUGGUUGCAUCACACAAACAACAAGAGCAGACUUACCUGCUCACUGCAAGGAUUCAUGCAUCCCAGACCUUAAAUGCGAGUUCUGGCUCUCAAGCCGCCUCUCGGCACUGGACAGCUGAGCGGGUGUUGAGCAUCCUGCUGCUGGCUAUGGGGCCUGCGGCUUAUUUUCACCCUGGCCCUGCUAUAGAUUAUUCUCUGGCUGCUGCACUCACCCUGCAUGGACACUGGGGUCUUGGGCAGGUGUUGACAGAUUAUGUCCACGGAGACACCAAAGUCAAGGUCGCCCAUGCGGGUCUCUUCCUCCUGUCCACAGUCACUUUUGCUGGCCUUUGUUACUUCAACUACAACGACGUGGGCAUCUGCAAAGCCAUCGCCCUGCUUUGGAGCAAAUGAAAGUGUUUGUGGACUGGGAAGCUCUGGAAGAAUGACCCAAACAUAUUUAAUAUAAAUUCUAAUGAAUAUAUAAUUUUGACAAAGUGUAUUGCAAGUCAUAUUCAUCUCUGCUCUGUUUUCUUACAAAGUUCAGCCAAUUUUUUUACCUGUGCGCAGGUAUCUUCUUUACUGUCACUGUCUAGUUCUAUACUAUGUACCAUGCCAUAUGACUAUCCUGACAUAUUUUCAACAAAACUUAUGUCACAGUAGUCCUGUCUGACAUCGAGUUCAUAAUUUCUGUCAUUAGGGUUCUAUUUGUUGAAUCAUUGUUUUCCAAAUGUAUUGCUGGUUUACUAUAAUUUGUACAUAUGUUUGCUUCCUGACCCAUCCAAGGUAACAUUUUAACGUCAGUGUUACCCCUACAAUUAUAAAUGGGAGGCACUCUGGCUCCCCAUGAAGGUAGGAGUGAUCACAUGAAAUAAAUGUCACGUCUUUAUUUUGACUUUGUGGACUAAUUUGCAUGCAGUCUUUCUAUUCUGAAAGUUUGUGAAAUGUAACUGUGCAGAAUUGACUGCAAUACAGUCGGCGACAACGCGCAUAUGUAUGUAUGUAUGUGUGUCGGCGUGUUGAUUACCAACCCAACCCACGUGCAUGAGUGCACCCCAAAUGUAAAGUAGGGAAACUCUGAACGUCCAUGUGAUGCUGAUGGGUCCAGUUUGACGAAAGUUGAAUACUGCCUUCUGCCAACAAAUGAGCCUGUGUGUCACUCAAUCAUUGUAAGUCAGCAAACAUCAAAGCUUUGGAAAAUAAACAUUUUAUUUUCACCA